AUGUCGACUGGUCAAAUCAACUUUAACAAGCCAUGCAAUUCAUGCCGCCGUCGAAAGGUAAAGUGCGACAAGAACCAGCCAUGCGCUCCUUGCGUUCGUCAUGGCACUGCCGCGACCUGUGCCUAUGAUGUUUCGAGAGAGUCCUCCUCUCUUCCCGCAAACGAGAGCCAGCAGCAACUCCAGGACCGAGUGGACCGGCUCGAAAGGGUGAUUGAGGAAAUGAAGACUAUGGCCUUACGAGGCGAGCCUCUCAAAAUUCCAAACGUUGCUCUCGUGUCGCCAAGUCCAGCAAGCUUAGGCGAUGUCUAUCUCGAAGACUCUAUGGCCGGCGACCCGGGCAUGCAGGUUUACGACGAGAACGUGUCCUUCUAUCUCGGUCCCAACUACUGGCUUAACCUUCAAGACUACGUCUUUGAACCCCGACAUCUGUUCCUCAUAGAUUCAGACAAAAACGGCAAAAGUCCAGAUAGUCCUCCUGACUGGCCAAUUGGUCGAAACCCAACACUGCCAGACCUUGCUCACCUGCACCUUCCACCUGAAAAGGAAGACGUGUUAACCGACCUCUUCUUCGCACAUGUCGAACCCUUUGUUCGAAUAUUCCACGAGACUUAUUGGCGACAACAAAUCAGGGAUGCCCGACUCGGCGUCAGUAAAAUACCCGUGGAUGUAGAAGUAGCAAUGUUUGCCGCUCAGACAAUGACGGUAGCUGCCAUGCCAGCAAGGCUUAUAAGAGAUAAGAUCGGAAAGCCCAAGGAUGAGGUCCUACGUCACUUACAGGAGGUUUCGCGGCUGGCACUUGAGCGGGCAGAUAUUCUGCGUAGCAGAAAGCCUCUUGCUUUCGUUGCGCUGCUGUACCAUAUUCAAAUGAAAUUCAUCACAGGCAACGGAGAAACUGCCGUCUCUCUGCUUGGCUUGGCUGGCCGUUUCGGAACACGGCUUGGCCUCCAUCGCGAUCCAAGUAAUUACAACUAUUCCCCAUGGACUUCCAACAUGAGACGAAGGAUAUGGAGCCACUUUGAGUUUAUGGAUAAUCCGGUUUACAAUCUGGAAGGUGCCGAUUCUGGCCUGCCUUUCAUCUCCGAUAGCCAGCCCCCGAAAAAUGCGAAUGAAAGCCAGUGGAAUCCAACGCCAUUUGCCAAACCUGGCUCUGCGCCCACCGAUCAAGAUGGAAUUACCGACAUGUCCUUUGUUUUGGUGCGACACUGUCUGUCAAAAACGAUGCAAUCCCUCAUACGAAGGAGAAAUGAUGCUAGUCCCGAAGAACUUGGCCGGAUCAUCGACCACACCGAUAGCUUCUUGAAGACGAAGUUUAUGAAUCAUGUGGUCCCCGCAAACCCCGACCAUGCUGUUCUUUGCUCGCAUUACAGAGUAUCGUUAAAAAGCAUGAGGCUUCUUGUCCACCAGGUUCAUGCUCACUACGUAGUUGGUCCCGACCCUCUGUUUCGGGCUAAGUUCUAUCAAGAGUGCGUUGAGAUCCUUGAGGAGAUCGAACAGGGCGAGGAAAUCGCAGUCCAGCAUCGCCGGGGAUGGAUUUACCGAUGGCCAACCACACCGUGCUUGAUCUCUAAUGUCCUCAUCGGACUGCGCGACCAACCUAGUCAUCCGAUUACAGAUAGAGCCUGGAGACAGAUCAACGUAGCCUUCAGAAGACACAACAACGACGAUAUCAAUAUGCGCAAAUUUGCCGCGUGGCGAGUCAUCGAGGCGCUUUGCGAUGAGGCCAUGCUCUACCACAAGCAAGUAUCUCACGAGGGAGCAUGGUACAGUCGCAGACAUGAUGCAUUCGAGUCAAAACACUCUGCAAAGGGCAAGGAACCGGUAUCCCUUAAAGAUGCCACUGUUCUUGAUAUCCUAGCAGAUGUGGGAGAUGUUCAGAUGUUUGGCCAGCAUAGUACCCCACAAGGAGGCGUUGUCGGUGGUUCUGUUUACUUUGAACAUCAGGCUCUUCAGCCCAUGAACUAUGCUUUGUGGGGUCAGCCAGGCCAGCAUCCCGUUCAAACUCAAUCGCAAUCGCAGGUUCAUGCUUCUGACGAUCAUGGAGAGAUGUGA